CGCUCAGGUGCGACGCCUCGGCGAACACCGCGCGAACUUCCUGCCCGGGCACGCUGCGAGCGCCUGGAGGGGCUGCGGAGCCGCGCCGCGGGAAGCGAGCGGUGACCGAGAGCGGGCGGGCAGGCAGCGCUGGUGGCUCCAGCCGGGUCGCUCCUCCGGGGCCGGGCACCCUCGGUGCUCCGCCGGGAAGGAGCCGCACGGUGCCCUGCCCGCCUCGAAUGACGGCGGACCCUGCUCUUCCUCGGCCGUGCCUGCGGGCUGCCCGGGCCAUGGGGCGCGCAGGGGCGCUGGGGCUGCUGCUCCUCUGGCUGGGCGCGGAGCUGGCGAGUGCGGGUGGAAAGAAGUCCUACAGUGGGCCAUGUGGGGGCCGCGAUUGCAGCGCCGGAUGCAAAUGUUUUCCAGAGAAGGGCGCACGGGGGCGACCAGGACCAGUUGGGCUUCAAGGACCGAUAGGAGCACCUGGAUUUACUGGCCCAGAAGGUUUGCCAGGAGCAAAAGGUGAGAGAGGAGCAGUGGGCCCCCCUGGACCAGCUGGACAGAAAGGUGACAAGGGUCCAAUGGGAGUUCCAGGAUUUCAAGGCAUCAACGGGAUCCCAGGUCACCCUGGGCAACCUGGACCUCGAGGUCUGCCUGGCCUCGAUGGCUGCAAUGGUACCACUGGGAGUCCUGGCAUUUCUGGAUCAGAUGGGUUUCCUGGCCUACCUGGGCUGCCUGGUCGUCCUGGCCCAAAAGGCGUUAAAGGAGAACCUGUUUUUGCUCAAGGUGGUCUUAAAGGAAUGAAGGGAGAAAAUGGUCUUCCUGGAUUGGAUGGAAUUCCUGGCCCAAAAGGUUUUCCAGGUCCAAUAGGUUCUGCAGGCCCUAUAGGGUUACCAGGUUUGCAGGGUCCAGUGGGUCCUCCUGGGCCACCAGGUCCAAAAGGUAACAUGGGAUUAGGCUUUCAAGGAGAGAAAGGAGAAAAGGGCGAUGUAGGGCUGCCUGGUCCUCCAGGUCCCCCACCAUCCACUGGAAUAUUGGAAUUCAUGGGAUUUCCAAAAGGAAAGCAAGGAGAAAAGGGUGAGCCGGGCCCUCAAGGAUUACCUGGAGACAAAGGAUUGCCUGGCAUUCCGGGAUUUGGAGGUGUUGGAGAAAAAGGAGAAAAAGGUGUGCCUGGCUUACCAGGUGGCAGGGGUCUUUUGGGACUGAAUGGAUCUGAUGGGAUUCCAGGGAGAAAGGGUCAUCCAGGUGUUCCAGGCUAUCCAGGACUGGAUGGAGUAGAAGGCAUGAAGGGUGAAUUAGGUGACAUCGGUCCCCCAGGCCCUCCUGUCAUUGUUGACAGGGAAGGUGUAGUCAUUUCAGGUGCACCAGGUGACCCCGGAAACCCGGGAAUACCUGGUCCUCCAGGAGAUGAAGGGAUCAGUGGUUUACCAGGCCUUCCAGGAGCUCCAGGGUUUCCAGGCCUGGAGAUAGAUGGAAUGGGCCCUGGAGGGUCUCCAGGUAUUCCAGGUGUGAAGGGUGAAGUGGGAGAACCAGGAAGAGCAACAAUUGGAUUACCAGGCCCUCCUGGCAGAGGUGGUUUACCGGGUCUGCCAGGAGCACCAGGAUUGCCUGGUCCACCACGCCCUUCAUUCUCCCCAGACAUGAUCCUGAGUGGAAGGAUUGGGGCCCCAGGGGAGCCUGGACAAAGAGGGCUUCCAGGAGCUUUGGGUCCAAAGGGCUACAAAGGAGAGGCAGGUGAUUGUGCUUGUGAUGGAGGAGUUACAAGAGCUGGUCUAAAAGGCAUCUCAGGUCCACCAGGUCCAUCGGGAAGCCCUGGUGUGCCUGGUGCUAAGGGCAUUGGUGGAGACCCAGGCACUGUGGGUGCACCAGGACUGCGAGGCCCUCCGGCUUCAGCUGGUCAGCAAGGUCUUCCAGGCCCCAAGGGAGAAAAAGGGGAACCAUCCUAUGCAACAGCCAAAGGUGCUCGUGGGGACCGCGGUGCGACAGCACCCAGAGGACCUUCAGGCAUCCCGGGAACUCCUGGUAGGGAUGGACUUCCAGGCUUGCCAGGCCCACCAGGCCCUCCAGGUGAUGGUGGGCUAGGUUUCCCAGGUGAAAAAGGACUGCCAGGAUUACCUGGCUCCAAGGGCCAUCGUGGAGAAAUAGGUUCUCCUGGUGUUGGAUAUCCGGGUCCUAGUGGAGUUCGUGGACCGCCAGGUGACCCAGGAGUGGAUGGGUUUCCAGGACAAGCAGGUCUUCCAGGCCCUCCAGGUAUCACCUUGCCCUGCAUAGUUCCUGGAGCAUAUGGGCCCCCAGGGACUCCCGGCUUUCCAGGACUGCCAGGUCCCAAAGGCAGCAAAGGCUUUUCUGGCAUUCCAGGCCAACCUGGACUACAUGGAUCUAAAGGACAGCCAGGGUCUCCAGGAAUAAUGGGCUUGCAAGGGGAACCUGGUUUCCCUGGACCUCGAGGAGACCAAGGGUCACAAGGACUUCCAGGACUGGAUGGAACAGAUGGUUUGCCUGGGAAAAUGGGUGGUUCAGGCUUAGCUGGAAUAAAAGGAGCUCCUGGAGAUGUGUUUGGUGCUGAGAGUGGAGCCCUGGGAGAGCGUGGCCGACCUGGACUCCCAGGUGAUAAAGGGCUGACAGGUGAUAUUGGAUUUCCAGGACCAAAAGGGCUAGAUGGAAGACCAGGCCUCCUGGGUAUUAAAGGUGAACAGGGUCAUCCAGGAUAUUCAGGUGUCCCUGGAUUGCGGGGACCUCCAGGGCCAGGAGGUCCUUUUGGCAUUAAGGGAAAACCAGGACCCUUGGGUUCAGCUGGCCUUCCAGGAGCACCAGGCUGUCAAGGGCUUCCUGGAGUCAAAGGCGUGACGGGGGAUGUAGGUCCACAAGGCCCUGCUGGUAUGAAAGGCUUCCCAGGUCUUGAUGGUGCUCCAGGAUCUCCUGGGGAAAGAGGAUUCGUGGGGCCACCUGGACCUUUUGGUCAAGAUGGACAUCCGGGUUUCUCUGGGCCUAAAGGUGAGAAAGGUUCUUCUGGCCUCCUUGGUUUUCCUGGCAUGCCAGGCCUGCCUGGUGUCCCUGGAGUGAAUGGGUUUAAAGGAGCUCCUGGCAUAGCUGGAGGAAAAGGAAGCCCUGGAGUUGUGGGACUUCAAGGUCAAAAAGGUGACAGAGGUGAUAUAGGUCCACCAGGUCUUCCUGUUCUUGGGCCUUCAGAACAAGCGUUGCAAAUCAAAGGAGACAAAGGAGAUCCUGGAUUAGCUGGACUUGGAGGAUUCCCUGGACCUAGAGGUGAUAAAGGAAUCCCAGGAAGCCGUGGGCAGCCUGGUCUCCCUGGUCCAGUUGGGUCAGCAAGCAAAGAGAGAGGUCUUCAUGGUGAUCCAGGCUUCCCUGGCCCACCUGGACAACCUGGGCUGCCAGGGCAGAAGGGUGCACAUGGUAUCAUGGGAUUUCCAGGAAUGCCAGGAGAGAGGGGUUCAGAUGGCAUCACGGGAAUACUUGGAUUCCCAGGACCUAUUGGCCUCCCUGGUCCAAAGGGUGACCAGGGAGAGUCUGUUGGUGUUCCUGGCAUUGCUGGAGCAAAAGGAGAGCGAGGGGACCCAGGGUUCCCAGGAGAGAGAGGGAGAGAAGGACUCAAGGGUGAACCAGGCUACCCAGGAAACACUGGGGUGAAUGGACCCAAAGGCAGCCCAGGAGAUCUUGGCCAAGAAGGGCCAGCAGGAAUCCCUGGAAAUGCUGGGCCAAGAGGAGUCCCUGGGCCACCAGGACCUCCAGGACAGCCAGGAUCCGUUGGAUUCCCUGGAGCUCGUGGAGCAGCAGGACCUAAAGGGUUCCAUGGAUUUCCAGGUUUAAAUGGUCUGAAUGGCUUGAAAGGCACAAAAGGGUCUCCUGGAACACCAGGUCUGAGUGAACCUGGACUGAAAGGACCUGCAGGUCUCCCAGGUACAAAGGGUGAAGAAGGUUCUCCAGGCCUGGGUAGAGGAGCUGUAGGAUUCCCUGGACCAAAAGGCUCAGCAGGAGACAUGGGUCCCCCUGGUCCUUUGGGACUGCCGGGCUUGCCAGGAACACCUGGAGUUUCUCUUCCUUCUGAUAUACGUGGGAGACCUGGAGAUGCUGGCCAUCCAGGAACUGAUGGGAGUCCAGGUUUUCCAGGUCUACCAGGGCCACGAGGGCCCCCUGGCCCAGCUUCUGACCAAGGUGACACAGGCAAUCCAGGUUUCCCUGGUGUUCUCGGCUUGCGAGGCAUUAAAGGUGAUGUGGGACUCACUGGUCCAGUUGGACUCCCUGGAGCAUCUGGAUUCAAAGGUGUGAGAGGUGAGCCUGGCCUUAUGGGGAUGCCAGGGAAAGAUGGGCCUCCGGGGGAUCCUGGUUAUGCUGGGCUGAAAGGUGAAAUGGGCCGUCGAGGUCUCCCUGGCAGACCAGGGGCUCCAGGAAUAACCCCACAGCCAGAAGAAGUCACAGCCCCUAAAGGCUUACCUGGUCUGCCAGGAAUUGAUGGUGUCCUUGGCUUUGAUGGAGAUCCUGGACUCCAGGGCCCAGCUGGAAAACCAGGUGCAAAAGGUCUGCCAGGAAGAUCUGGUUUGAAAGGACGUGAUGGCUUACCUGGAACACCUGGCAUAGCUGGGGAUCCAGGAGCUCCGGGUGCCCCCGGACCACAGGGAUUUGAAGGUGUUGCUGGGAAGCCGGGCUCGCUUGGUUUGCCGGGAAUGCCCGGUCGCAGCGUGGGUGUUGGAUACACUUUAGUGAAGCACAGUCAGUCAGACCAAAUCCCACCGUGUCCCAUAGGAAUGAAUAAGCUCUGGGACGGCUACAGCCUGUUGUACGUGGAGGGGCAGGAAAAGGCACACAACCAGGAUCUCGGUUUUGCUGGCUCGUGUUUGCCUCGCUUCAGCACCAUGCCUUUCAUUUACUGCAACAUCAACGAGGUGUGCUACUACGCCAGCCGCAAUGACAAGUCCUACUGGCUCUCCACCACCGCUCCCAUCCCCAUGAUGCCGGUGGACAGCGUCCAGAUCCCGCAGUACAUCAGUCGUUGCUCCGUUUGCGAAGCACCUUCCCAGGCUGUGGCUGUGCACAGCCAGGACAUCACCAUCCCACAGUGUCCCCUGGGCUGGCGCAGCCUGUGGAUAGGAUACUCCUUCCUUAUGCACACGGCGGCCGGGGCAGAAGGUGGAGGUCAGUCCCUUGUCUCUCCUGGUUCCUGCCUGGAGGAUUUCCGUGCUACUCCGUUCAUUGAGUGCAACGGUGCUCGGGGAACGUGCCAUUACUUUGCCAACAAGUACAGCUUCUGGCUGACCACGGUGGAGCAGUCGCAGCAGUUUGUCAGUGCCCCUCCCUCAGAGACCCUGAAGGCGGGACAGCUCCGGACGCGGGUCAGCCGCUGCCAGGUGUGCAUGAAGAACUUGUAGGAAUGGAAAUGCAGUUACAUUAACAGCCCUUGUUACCCCAGAUUAGCCAUCACUGACUGAAGAAGGGUAAAUUCAUGAACCUGUUUUGUGUGUGUUUGAUGGGUGAAUCAAGACAGAUGGAAUUCUACAAAAAUCAAGUGUCAAGUCCAGGAGUUUGACCAUGCACAGAGGAGGGAAAGACCAGUGCUCUGAAACCACUUUUUGAAUGAAACAUGGUGCUAUGCUUUUACUUCAGUGUUUUUUUCCCCUCAUUUGUGGCUACCUCAGAAAGUCUCUGCGAGUUCCCUGUUCAGACUGGAGAGCAACUGACACCUCACACCACUCGUGUCCGGGGCACAUGCCAGUCAUCAUGCAGAGAGACUUUUCCAAAGCUUUGCUUAAUUGGUGUCUUUGCAAACAGUACUUGGUCUAGUGUAAGGGAGUGAAGACUCAUUCCCUUAUGAAAUACAGAACUAGCUAAAAUUUAUGUGUGUUGUAGGUGACUUGGAAACACUAUGCAUUAAUGGUUGAUAACUCAUUUUCUUAGACUCAACAAUUAAGUUGUGCUUUGCUUAUUAUCCAGAUGAAACAUUCCUUCCUCCAGUGACAGGUAAUCAUUUCUAAUUCAGACUGUCAUCCACAGUUGACCCUGAAGAGCUACGAAAAAUGCAGUUUUUGAUGUGAAGAUGAAUCCAAAACUCCUCUAGUAUUUUUCAUAGCUUUGUAUUGAAAUAUACUCCAGGUAAAAUGUUGACUUCACAGUCUGUGCUUAUCUACCUGCAGUCACCAGAAACAUUUUAUUACUAUGAACAUGUAUUUCCUUUCUGAGGCAGCCUUGGCGCAUUUAUUUUGUAAUUAUUCAAGCUGUGUGUGUUUGAGAAGUAGAGCUUUUACUAGAUGGCGCAUGAGCUUAUGCAGACAUGGGAGUAAGUGGGUAUGGGAUGUACAUUUUCUACUCCCACAGUCACAAUCUGUUGUAAACUGCUUCCUCUGGGCUUUUUUUGCUGUUAGUUUAAAAAAUUGUAUUUCUAGUGUACGCACUGUUAACUAGUCGUGCUUUCCUUCAGGGCAUAAUUAAAGAGAAGUGCCACUAAUUGGAUUAUCCUUGUAUAUUUUGAGGGAAAGGACAUUUCAAAGGAGUGCCUAGCAAAUACACUGUCACCUUGGCUUAAAAAUCUAAAAUUAUUCAGACAAUUUUUACUAAUGCAAGACUGAGGCAUUAUUUUAAAGUAUGAUUUCUUUAUGAGGUUCUAGGGCUCUAACUCUGUCCAGCAAAGUACUUAAGAACAUACUUGCUUUUAAGCAGAUAAUAUUUUUACCUUUAAUGAUGAUUACAUGCAUAACACAUUAUUAUCUUCCGGGGGGGGCAGAGAGCUCUGCAUGUUCUGGAGUUGAACCACCCUGGAGAUGAGCGGGGAAGUUGUGAAGGACAAUGUACUCUUUCAUUUCAAUCCUAACUGUGAAAGAUCAGCAACUGCUUUGGAUGUGUUUUGCAAAUAUCCUUAAGGCAUUUUAACACCCGUGAGUGGCAAUCAUUUCAUGCAGGAUACCCAACCUACUUCUUAGCUGUCCUGGCACAGACAGAUCAUGGAUUUACAUCCUGGGUUUUCCAUUUCCCAUCAGCCUCAUUUCCAUCAGUUUAUCCCACCCCAGAAUCCUUCAAGAGCUCUGUGGGCUCAGGCCUCCUCUGAGGAGUGUCACCCCAUGGCCAGGGGCGGGUGGGGAACGAGCCUGUUCUGCUCCACUGAGGGGUUUCUUUAACUGUUUUUUUCUUUUUUUUUUUAGCAGUUACUGCUCAAGACUGAGCAUUUCAGAGCAAGGGCUGUUUUUUUUAGUGGGGAGGAGAGGGCUGCAAUUGCUGUCACAGGAACAGUAAGUUCAUAUAUUAACUAAGAAGCAAUGCUUUGUUU